UCAAUACCCCGAAGUGGGGUUUCUUUGACCAUGACCGCGUGACGAACCGAACUCUCUGUAUUCUGUGUGUGACCAUAAAAAUAUCUUGUUUUCGUUGCGUAGUCGGAACCUUUCCUCCGAUCACCGGAUAAAUGGUUCCGGUCUCCGGUGGCCGGCAUCAACACCACUUCGAUUCCGACAAGGCAUAACCCUUAUCUGAUUUCAUGGAUCCUUCUGAUUCUCACUCCCAGUCACUGGAACAGGAAGUGCCCAAGAAGAACGGCGUCGUUUUUGUUAUACUGCGAUGGGUUCUCGCAAUUCUAUUCCCCUUCCUUUUAUUGUUCUCGAUUCCCUUUCUGGUUGGUUUGUUGCUUCUCGUGGUCGCCGAUUUCUCUAUCCCUAACCCCAUUUCUCUCCCCUCACAGUGCAAAAUCGUCUCCACCGGGGUUGAUAUCAGGUCAUCCAAGAUUUGUGAACUUGGAAUGUUAAAUCAUAAAGUAAAGGAUAUAUUUCAUCAUUUUGAAAGAAGCAAAUUUCGCUGCCGUUAUGAUUACUAUUGGGCUUCUGUAUUCAAGGUGGAAUAUAAAGAUCACUUCUCAGGUCAGAUGCAAAUUGCAUUUGCAGAGGCUCCAAAUGAGGCCCUUCCUAUUUAUUGCAGGCCUAAUUUUGGUGCUGCAUGGUUGACGCAAUACAAAUUUAAGAUCAACGAGACUUAUGAUUGCUGGUACACGUCUGGCAUUUCCAAAGUGCAUUUAUAUCAAGAAAAUCUUUUCGAUUGCCAUGCCGAUGAGCAGUCUACUCUUGAGAAGAUUAGACAAUAUUCUACCCUGGCCAUGGAGAUGGUAAAUUCCUGGUUUUCUGGUAAGGGAAGGACGAAAUAUUGGAGGUGGGAAACUAUAGCUGGACUCGUAACUGGGUUCUCAACUUCUUUGAUCUCCAUAACUUUUAUUAGGCUCCUACAACUACUGCUAUCUUCAUUAUAUCGAUUUUUUGCAAAAUGGGCAUUCCCUCGGCGAGUCAAUGCUGUUCUCAUCAGGCGCGCUUGUUUUCUUUUGGCUUACUUAUGUUUUGUGGCUUGGUUAGCUAUUGAAUAUGGGAAGAGGCUUGGUCUCCUGGAUAUUUUCAGAAUCCCCAUGUAAUAUUAUAAUUACAGCAGGUGUUGUCCCAUGAUAAUGAGUGGCGGCACCGUGUAAGGAAGUUAUGUAGAGUGGGAAUUGAAACUGUAAUAGUUUGAAUUAAAUAGACUCAGUUCCUGUACUUUUCUUUUCAAGUUUUUGGUUAAACUAGUAAGUUUCGGAAUAGUGGUUUACAUUCUUGUCUUAUAUCAAAUUGCCCACUUGAGUAGCUGUUUGAAGGGAUAGUGUGUGUCCCCUACACAGUUGAAUUAACACUGUUGUAAAAGCCAUUACGAUAGCGGAAUGAAAUUAUACUUUAUGUU